CAACUCAGCAAUGCCGGUAAACGGUCGUCUUUUUUUAUCAGGCAAAGGUGAAAUCACCUACAAUUAGAUCCCUUCCCGGACGCCAUUCUCUCUCUCAAUCCGAUCGUCAUCAAAGGCGGUUGUGAAGCUAUCUGAUCAAUCCAUUCUCCUCAUACUUUCAGCUCUAAUUCCAAUCCGACUUUCAUCACAGAUAGAGAGAUUAAGAAAUGAAUUCCAAUUACGGGAAAUCGAAUAUGAAGUCGGGUUCUAUGAACGAUUUCGAUUUCGGGCUGAACACUGGCUGUUCCCGAUCUCUCAAUGACCAAAAGAACCAAACGUCGUCGUAUUCAUCUUCUGCGCAAUCAAAGCCGUAUGGGACGGCAUCUUGGACCAACCAAUCCAACACUAACAAGGCAUCGUGGACUCACCAACCUGUUGGAUCUCUGUCCGGGCCGACGUCCAUGGUUGGGGAUAUAUUUGGGAAGAGUUGGGGCUCUGCGGCGCCCUCGAACACUGGUAGUGCUUCAACUGUAGGUAUUGUGACGAAAAAAGACCCUAAUUUGUUUGGUGAUUUGGUGAACUCAGCACUUCGGCAAAAUAAGGGUGGUAGCAAUGUGCCACUGAAAAAUUCCACCCCGGUGACAAAUAAGAGUUCAUUUUCAAUGGGGGGUGUGGCCGAUUCCUUGCCGAAAACAGGUAGUUCUGUCAAAAGCAGCGGAACUUGGGGGGGAUCUAACCAGAGUUUCGGAAACUUUACCAGUGGGGGAUAUAAUACUAAUGUUAGUAGUGGCAAUGUGAAUAUGAGUGCUCCAAAUAAUAGAAGUUCUGGUCUUGGAGGGACACCAAUGAGUAGUAUGGCUGGGGGUGUAGGUGGAAUGGGUUCAAAGAAGGAUCCAUUUAGUACCUUGGUUGAUUUUGGGUCUAAACCAGCUGCUAACAUGAAUUCAGGGAGCAAAGGACGUAGCAGUGCUACUAGUCAUGUUGACGAUGCAUUUGGAGAUUUUCAAAAUGCAUCAAAAUCCGGGUCAACAUUUUCGUCAAAUGCUUUCCCCACUAGUAACAAUGCCUCAGCUACAUCAAGAGCAAACACAUCUCAUCCAAAGGUGGAUGAUGUAUUUGGAGAUUUUCAAAAUGCCUCGAAAUCCAGAUCAUCGUUUUCUUCAAAUGUUUCCCCCACUAGUAACAAUGCUUCAGCUCCAUCAAACACAAACACAUCUCAUCCAAAGGUGGAUGAUUUUGGAUUUUCUAAUAAUCAGCCACAUGCUCAGUCCUCUGGUGGUGCUGGAGAUUUUGAUUCGCUUUUCCAGUCAUCUACCACCUCAUUUGGUGGAUCUGCUGUGGAAAGUCAGCAAUUUUCAGGGGGCGAUGAUUGGGGAUUUGAGUCUGAGUUUGGAGGGGGACAUGAUAAUGGCGGGACAACUGAGCUUGAAGGGCUUCCACCACCACCUGCUGGCCUCAGUGCUUCAACUGCAAAGAACAAGGGGAUGGAUAAUUACAAGCAGGGACAAUAUGCUGAUGCUAUAAAAUGGCUAUCAUGGGCCGUUGUUCUUCUUGAGAAAGCCAGUGACGUAACUGGUACAGCAGAGGUGUUGUCAUCUAGGGCUUCAUGUUAUAAAGAAGUAGGAGAGUACAAGAAGGCUGUGGCUGACUGCACAAAGGUGCUAGAUCGUGAUGAAACAAAUGUAUCUGUCCUUGUACAGCGAGCUAUGUUGUACGAAAAUAUGGAGAAGUACAAGCUUGGAGCUGAAGACUUGAGAACGGUUAUGAAACUUGACCCUACUAACAGGGUCGCGAGAAGUACCAUUCAUCGCUUGAAUAAGAUGGCUGGCUAGAGAAGUUGCACAGAAUUAUUUCUCCACAGGUCUCAUUUACAGAUAUGGCUGAUGAUAUUGUUUUCUUUUUGCAUAAGAUUGUCUGAUGGAUCAUAGCACUUUACAGGGAUGCGCCUUAAAUCUUUCUUGAUUCGUUUACUGUCUGCUUUUCACAUGUUGAUGUUGUAUUGUCUAUUGAAUGUUUCUCUUCACUGGAAACUGUGUUAUCUUUGGUGUUAUAAAGUGAUUUAAGAUCUCCCACUCA